UUGGGACCUCGGACUGGACGCUCCUGGUACUGGAUCGCCACGGCUCCAGCACAACCGGUGCCGCGACCGCUUCACAGCCAUGGGCUGUAAGGGUUCCAGGCAGCCGCCGGCUCCGGAGGGCUAUGCUGUUGGCAAGCGCUACAAGGUGCACAGACCCUUGGAGCUGUUCGACAGCGAGAGUCCAGAGGCCAAUCGCAUCGAAACGCUCAAGGCCAAGAAGGACGUGGUUCUUUUGGUGAAAAUCUCUGAGCAAUCAGGCCGUCGAAAGGGCUUUGUGAUUCCGCAACCUGCGGAAAGUCACGAAGCCGGAUGGAUCUCCCUGGAGGACGUGCAACGUGGCAAAGCCAUGCAGCCGCCGUUGUAUCACAACGAAUUGCCAGGCUCGUGGGAUCUGAAAGCCCGCUACAGCGUGCAGAACCCCGCCACCUUGAGGGCAGGUCCAGCGCUGGACAGCGAGAACAUCGGCGAGCUGCAAGCCGGCUGUGAGGUGCUGCUGUUAGACUUCGGAGUUACCUCUGGCGGUUCCCAAUCAACCAAGGCAAGAUUGCGCACAUUGGUCUUUGCAGGGGACAAGAUCGGCUGGAUGAGCCCUGAGACCGGGGUUGGAGAUCAUCUGUUGAAACCUGUGAACCUGCUCAGUCGCAAGGUCGUUGACAUACACAAACAGACCUUGAGACAAUCCGGUUCAGGUCUUCGAAAGUCCUAUCAACCGGGUGGCAAUUCGCCUUGGGAGGCAGGGGCCACCUAUCGGAUGUUGGAGCGGGCUCCGAUGCGCAGCGCCGCCGACCUCAGCAGCUCCGAAGUGGGUAAGGUUUCAGAAGGAAGUUUGGUGGAGGUGCAGGAAAUGAAUAAUGUCGAAAUCCAAGGAGGUUGGUGUCCUGUGGCAUGCAUUGUGGUACAAGAAGGACCUGAAAAGGGAAAAUCUGGAUGGGUGCGAUGCAGUGCCAAAGAUGGGCACGACUUGAUGGACACCCGUGACCAUAACGAGUACGACAAGAUCCUGCGGCAGAUGCGGCAGAACAUUAGCCCCGCAGACAUUCCUGCAGACGCGCGUCCUGCAGAGAUUCAGGAAUUGAAUGUGAAGUUGGAACGAGAAAGAAAGGAAGCCAAAGCAAGGGAAGAGGAGGAACAGGCAAAGAUCAUUCCUCCGGAAGAUACUGAUACACAGAUCCUGCAGGAACAGGAACCUCCGAUCCCGGUCCGUGAGCCUUCUCAGGAGAUGAAGUCCUCAGCGGAUCAAAUUGUGGCAGAGUUCGCUGAGCUCAAAGAGACAAUGCAGAAAUUGGAAGAUUUCGAACUUCGACAGGAUGAUCGACCUCAACCCGAACCUCGUGUGGAUGUCACGGAUCGAUCGUCUGAGUGUUUGUGGUGUUCAUGUGGCAAAUGAAGAGCUUUGCCCAGGAAAAUUCAGUGCUUUAAGAUCCAGCUCGCAACAGUUGACGUUGGAUGUUAAUUUGCAUCCGAGUGUUGCAGGCCGCGAGUUUGAGCUGUAGCCAAAUGAAGGCCAGAGUUUUUCCAAAGAUGUGUUGCUUAGGACCC